AUGGGAAAGAGCUUUGAAUAUUUUAGGCGUGAAGCUGAAAUAUAUAGAAAGAAACAUGAUAAACCUCCAGUCAUCAUUUAUGAUAAUAUUAGUAGAUUGCUCGAGUUUAGUCCAAGAGUCAUUGACAUCCUCCAAGGCGAUGCCAGAGUUAAUGCUGAUUUCGGGAGAUAUAUUGCUUUAUUUAUUAGUAGUGAAGGAGGAUCUGUUCCAAAAAGGAAGUGCAAGAUUAAUGAAGUAGCAAAAAAUUUUUAUGAAUUGGUUGGUGGUCAUAUAUUAGAUCUUAAGUUUGCGGUAACUAUGUUUAGUGAUAAGAACCUUUUAAAGAAAUUGUAUCAUGAAGUAGGAAAGAAAGUAAUUAAAGUUUUAUUAGAUUCUAAGAAAUUGAAAUACAGUGUUUAUGGAAUAUUUCAAUGA